CGUCGAGCACAUUAUUUUCCUAUUUCUGUGUAGUUUGCUGAAGAGAUGAACAAACUUUAGUCGUUUCUUUCCAAUGUCGUCUCUGCUUACGCAACCAUGUUUCUGUAUACUCUAGUACUUCGUCUCAUUCACUUUUUCUUGUCCAUCAAAGUUUGGUUCUCAUCCUGGAGUAGAUGGCUAAGAACAAGACAUUUUCACGGUGUCAAACCUGGCAACGUUGAGGACGAUAAACGACAUCUAAACAAGCUGCCACUGCACAUAGCCUUCCAAUUGAAGGAAGAAAACAUAGAAUAUGAGGAUGUUGCUAGCAUGGUGGUCUGGUCAGCGGCCUUGGGAAUAUCGUAUAUCACAGUAUUUGAUGGAGAAGGAGAAUUAAAACGAAAUCAGCAACAAUUAUUAUCUACUAUUGAUCGGCGGAAGGUUGAGCUACUUGGUUCGGACUAUUCAACUCGUGUAAAGAUAUCUUUGUCUAUGCUCCCUGUACAAAGUGCAAAAACUACCAGUGUCUCUCACCUACGCCUAGCUUCUCUAGAAGAUGGCCGCAGUGCAGUCAUUUCCUGCGCUCGUCAUGUUUGUGCGUCUGUAGCUAAGCAACAGAUGAGUGCCACCCAGAUGGAUGUGUCCUCUGUUCACAAUAUCAUUUCAGGUGGAGUAGAUGUACCUGAUCCAAAUUUGCUUGUGUCCUGUGGUCCAACACAUAGUCUCUUCGGCUUCCUGCCAUGGCAAAUUCGGUUGACAGAAAUCUUAACUCUUCCGUCUCAUCGCAAUGUCAAAUACGGCCAGCUGCUGCACUUACUCCAUGUGUACGCAGGCACAGAGCAGCGACUUGGUGUCUAGGUGUGGUUUGUCCUUGAGCGCAUGGCUUCUCCAAUUGAGAAUGCAUCCGUCCGGAAAAUUUCACAUUCAAAAAUGGCCACUGAUUCUCCUUUGUGCUCAUAUCCAGUCUCAAUUUCCAAUUUGUAGCAAGCUCACUGUUGCGCGUGCCAUAUUUAUUUUCUUAUCAUUGUUCUUGUACAUACUCUCUCCAAUUUCUUUGAGGAUGCAUGGUCAUCCUUGUUUGCAUACACUUGCAUGCUGGCAUGCAAGUGUGCACAGUGAUUUAGGACUCCUGGCUCCGCUGCUCCAGUGGCUUUUUGCUGGUUUGUAGGCGCAUCGAGCUGUCCGUAGGCGCAUCAAGCUGUCCGUAGGCGCGCAUUGAGGAUUUUCGUGUUACUGUGCUUUUUUUUGCCCUCUUCCAAUGUCCACAUGGUUCUUGAGCAAAAUCCCAUGAUGCUCCCAAGUCCAUGCAGUUCCUUUCUCUUUAGCUUGCUAGAAAUUUAACAGUUUCUGCCAGUAUCACCUUGAUCAUUUUUGAUUAUUAAGUCUAUUAAACUUUUUUUAUGACCCGGAGCGGCGGA